UGAUCACAUGUAAACAGGGAAAUGCCGAGGGGACAGGUACACAGAUCAUCAUGGCACUGAUAAUCAGUGUGCCCUGAUGAUCAGUGUGGCCCCAGAAGUGCCACCUGUCAGUGUCCAUCAGUGCCAGCUGUCAGUGCUGAACAGUGCCACCUGCCAGUGCCCAUCAGUGCCACAUCAAUGCCACAUAUCAGUGCCUACCAGUGCACAUCAGUGCCCAUCUGAGCUGCCUUUCAGUGUCACCCAUAAGUGCCAGUCAGUGGCAUCUAUCAAUGCCAAUCAGUGCCACCUAUCAUUGCCAGUCAGUGCCGCC